GCCCAGAGCAACGCAAACCGUGUUCAGCCCCGGGCUGUUUCCGUUCCCCGCCUCCCCGCGGCGGCCGAGCCCGGCACUUUCGUUCCGGGGCCUGCGAGUGCCGCGCGGGAGCCGCGGCGGGCGGCGGCUAACCAUGUCUUUAAAUUCACCUACACUUUUAAAUGAAGAAAAUGCUCAAGGAGCAAAAAUAAAUACUGAGUGUUUGGAAAGCCUACUGCAGACUCCAUCAUCAAUUCAAGAUAAUCCACUUCAACAAUUACAGUUAGCAUCCCAGGAGGUACUGGAAAAGGCAAAAAAGAGUGGGAGAUCAAAAUGCCCCCGAUGCAAUAGUUCAAGGAUGUUUUAUUGUUAUACAUGCUUUGUUCCUGUUGAAACUGUCCCUACCAAAGAAAUUCCAACUGUGAAGUUACCUUUGAAGAUUGACAUUAUUAAACACCCAAAUGAAACAGAUGGCAAAAGCACCGCUGUGCACGCUAAGCUCCUGGCCCCUGAUGAUGUUACCAUUUAUAAAUACCCCUGCAUUCCAGAGUAUGAAGAGAAGAGACACGAAAUAGCACUUAUAUUUCCUGGCCCCAAUUCAGUUUCAGUAAAAGAUAUUGCUUUCCAUCUCCAAAAGUACACCAAGAAAAGUGUCUGUUCUAGUGACGAUGACUGUUCCAGAGAGCCACUUCUUAAACAAGCAAAAAUAGAACCUGAAGAAGAAAAAAAUCCAAAUGAGUGCAUCUCAAGCAGCAGGAAUGAAGGCACUAGACUGAAGAAAAUAAUAUUUAUUGACAGUACCUGGAAUCAAACUAACAAGAUAAUAACUGACGAACGACUUCAAGGGUUACUGCAAAUUGAGUUGAAGACAAGGAAAACUUGCUUUUGGCGUCAUCAGAAGGGAAAACCAGAUACAUACCUUUCCACAAUAGAAGCAAUUUAUUAUUUCCUUGUGGACUAUCAUCAGGAGAUUUUGAAAGAGAGCUACAAAGGACAAUAUGAUAAUCUGCUUUUUUUCUUUUCAUUUAUGUAUACAUUGAUUAAAGAUGCCAAGUGUUGUGCAGGAAAAGAGCCUGAUGUGCUCACUGUGAUGAGCACAUUUCCUGAGAUGGGAGUGGAGGACUUGACCUCUGUUGCCGUAAGGAGUGAUCUCCUUUAACUGUAAGAAGGAAUCAGCAUGCUGGCUUUCCAUUGUUACUAAUACUUCUGUCAGAUGUUUUCUUUGUGGUUUGCACAGCAAUACUGAUUUUGCCCUUGUGGCAUCAAAGACUUAGUGAAUGAGCAGAUGGUGUU